UAAUUUUAACAUAGUGGAGCCGAUGUCAAAUUUGACAUGCGCUGGGUACCGGAAAAAUCCUCCGGGUAAGCAGAAAAACGGUUCCGGGAGACGGAUAUCGGUUCGGAAUGAUAGCACUUGGUGCAACGGUUCCAGCGACUACGGGUGGACGAGAACUAGCGAGUGACACUUGCCAGCGUCCGGAUGACUAUGCUCUUGCCGAGCGGAUCGCCGGGGACGAUCCGCCAGUGGUGAAAGACAUCGAACGAAUCGCUGGAGGGGAUGAAUGCUUUGAUGGUGUAGAGGGGGGAAUCGGAGAUAGGUGCGUCCUGGGUGACGCGGCCACGUCGCCGGCGAGGACGGUGUACACGAAGGAAACGCAAGCGGCGGGGUGUGGCCAUGACAAAGGCAGAGUAGGCGAUUCGGCGGGUGGUUGGCCAUCUCCGCGAUGGAGCGGUUCCUGGGCGAUGACGACGGGAUUUGAACAUUACGUUCCGGAUGGGUUCUUCGCAGAGUGGUCCUUCGCGCGUGUCUCACUAGAAGCCUUGCAUGAUGGAAUCUUUGACAGCGCCGAGCAGGGUUUUUUCCCACUCAACGUUAGGGCUGGAGUUGCUUUGGGAGAGGUUGAGUGGAAGAUCAUUCCUCGGCGGGGAAGGCGUACUUUGUUUGUCUCCGGCAGGGCUCUUCUAAAGGUGGAGUUCCUGCUCAUCCGGGACGAUUUGUGGCGGUACGUAGUCGGAACGAAGCCGGUUCCAUGGCGAGCGGCUGUCGGUUCCGGAUCGGAUGGUGCUGCUGGCGCGGACCAAGUCGUGCUCAACUCGGCGGAGAUUGAAGCUUGGGACAACGGUGACCAGAAGGCGCGGGCCACGAUCGGGUUGCUGAUGGAGGACAUCCAGUUGCCUCUCAUCAAGAAUGCGACGACGGCCAAACUCUGCUGGAACGCCCUGAAGGACCACUUUGAGACGGUCACCCUGACGUCUAAGGUGAUUCUGCUGAAGCGAUUGUGCGGGAUGCAGUACUCGGACCGAAGCUGA